UAGUUUUAAUUAAGCUUAUACGUAUUGCGUGGGCUUCUUCCAAUUUUAAACCCGAUUUAAACACGUUUAAAAGCCUCGGCAAGGGAUGAAGGAGGUACACAACUUGUUUUAAAACUAAAAUGCAACUUAAAUCUUGUCCAACAGUUACACUGAAUCAACUAAGAAAAUAAAAAAAUGUAGUUAAAUUAUUAGUUAAUUAAUUAAUUGAACUCAUAUUCAAAUACUACAAACUGGCGCGAAAUAAUUAAUAUUUGAGCGCUUAUGGGCAACACUAGUAUUAAAUUCAAAAUAUGCGGCAAUUUAGCGUAAGCGAUACAAGGGUCACACUGUUCACCGGCUAGCCGGCGUCUGUAGUUUAACAUGCUGUAAUUUAGACACUUAACAUUAUGUUAGCAGCAACAGCCAGUAGCAAUACUGUAAACAGUUUCGUCGUUUUUGUUGGCCCGUGUGGGCGCGUUUCGGUAUUGUCCUGUGCGUCGCGGCAUUUUGUGUGAACGGGUUUUCGCUUUGAAGCCUUUGAAUGUGGCCCAAAAUAAAAGUGCAACGUUUUCAAAUUAAUCGAUGUGCCGUCCAAUUUAAAUUGUAUUCGUUGCUGUUGCUGCUGCCUGCCUGCAAGUCGCUUGUGGCUAAGACAACAAAUUUUUGCUCAAGCCAUCGAUUUUUCGCGCUGUUUAAACGCGUCUCCCAGCGUGUGUGUGUGUGUGUGCGUUAGUGUAUUAGUGUGUGCGAGGACCUUUUGAAAUACAUACAUAAUUAUAAAACUCAGGCAACACACAGGCUGACAAAGGUCCUGACGCAGCAGCGCGCCAUUGAAAAGUUCUGCCCAGCUGCUGCCUGUGCAGCUGCCAGGCUAAAACAACUACAACUACAACAACAACAAUAGCAGCAACAAUGCCCAUUCACCUGGCCUUUUGAACAUGCGUGCGUGUGUGUGUGUGUGUGCGUGUAAUAUUUGUGCAUUCAAUUUGCACAAAAUUUAAGCGCUAAUACAUUUUCGCAAAUCCAGAGAUCAACCGUCCACAAACAACGCAAUUUGCCAUCCAAUUUUUAGCGUGCCGACUGCGUUAGGGGAGCGCAAUAAUAGAACAUAACAGACGUCCAUUUGCUGCUCAACUCCAAAAAACAAACAAAGUCAACAAGCGCGUGCGACAGAGACAGCGAAUUAUGCCUUGGGGGAGCCGCUGACAUUUUCAUCAGCGCCAGCAACAACUGCAGGAACCACCAACACGACAACAACAACGACAGCAACAACUACAACAACAACAUUGACUGAGUGUCGUCGUCGUCGCUGGCACAGUUUUUCCUGCUGCUCUCUGUGGUGAGCUGCCAUGUCCGGCACGCUGUUCGAGAUGGAGGAUCCACAGCUACAGCUACAGCAGCAACUGGCAAGCGAUGUCGAGCAGCAGAUGGCAUUGUGCCUGGCCAGCCUGGAUCUGGGCGAGGGCGAAUCCGUGACUGUGGUGGCCAGCGGCAGCAGCACAAUGACCACGCAGAGCAACUGCGAUGGCAGCGACAGCGGCCUGGAUGUGCCCAGCAGCAGCUGUUGCCUGUCCCGGGUCACCUUGCAGCGUGGCCUGAGCAGCACCAGCGGCGGCUACACCAGCAGCAAUGGCCUGGAGGAGAUCUACGACAGCUGUGAACUGCAGCUGAUGAACAACGUGUCGCCCAGCGAGCAGAGCAGCGAGUGCUCGCAGAGAACGCCGCCGCGACAGCGCUUCAAUGGCAGCGUCAAGAAAAAGGUGGCCAUGUUUGAGCCGGAUCCGGAGCAGCAGCAAUCGCCAUCGCAGCUGGCAGCGGGCAAAACGCAGGAGCAGCUGCGCGGACGUGUGGCCAAUUUGAAGCGCGCCGCCAGCCUGCCCAGAAACGGAGCGCCCGCCACGCCGGCGGCCAGAGAGAAACCGCGCACGACCAACUCCGGCUCGUUCCGUGUGCCGACUAGCACGGUCACGCCCGUGCGUACACCACGCCCACAGAAGCCAGACAGCCUGCCCAGCGCGCUGAACCGCGCCCAAUCCGUGCAGCGGCUGGCGCAGGUGCAGCGCACGCCCUCACUGAGUCGCGCCCGCACGCCGGGCACACCCUCCUCCGACGACGCACGCUGGCCGGCGAAUCGUGGCGCCGCCGGACAACGUCGCGGCAUGUCCGUGACGCCGGAUGUGAUGGCUAACCGCAUGCGAGGCAGCCCGGCACCAGGCGGCACACUGCCUCGCCGUCGCAAGCAGCAGUCCGUGGAGGAUCUGAGCGCGGGUCGGCUGUCGCGCAGUAAUUCCAUCAGCCGGGCAGCCAUUGUGGAUGCCAGGAUGACGUCGUCGGUGAUGCUGAUGCCCACGAGUCGGCGCAGCCUCGCGCCGCCCACGGUCACCGCCAAGGUCAAUUCGCUGCGUCGACCACAGCAGCAGCAACAGAUGGCCACGCCCAGGACACGCAUCUACCACGAGACGGCGGUGCAAACGGCGCUGACCAGCGAGGAUCUGGAGCAGGUGCUGGGCGGCGGUUUGCUGCAGACGCGUGCCUUGGACGCCGUGGAGCAGCUGGAUCAGAGCACACAGGCGGAGCCGGAUCAGCGCGAUCAUGAGCUGGAACAGCUGCGCCAGGAGGUGCGUCAGCUCAGCGGCAAGCUGCAGCGCGAGCGCGAAGAGAAGCUGGCCAUGCAGCAGGAGCUGCAUCUCAAUACGGAGCGUGUCAUGGGCAUGCUGGAGCUGGCGCGCGUGGUUAGUGCCAGUGCGGGCACGCCAACCUCCGAGGAUAGCGGCGAUGGCAGCGGCCAUGACAGCCUGCUCAUGCUGGAGUCACAGAUCCAGAUGAGCGGCCACGAGCUGAUCGAGCGCCAACAGGAGAUUGGACAACUGCGUGAGCUGUGCCGCGCACUGCAGCAGGAGAUGCGCCGCUCGCUGGCCACGCAGCAGCUGCUGCUGCAGGAGAAGGCCGCCAUUGAGCAGGAGUCCAGCGAGCUGCAGGACUUUCUCCAACACGAAAAGGCCGCCCAGUGCGAUGCGCUGCGUGAGCUGGAGACGGAGUAUCUGGCGGCCAAGGCGCAGCUGGGCAAUCGCGAGGAGGAAGCCAAGGUGUUGCGCGACGAGUGUCGGCAUCUGGUGCGCCUCAACGAGCAGCGUCGCCAGGAGAACCGCCUGCUGCAAACCAAGUACGCGGCGUUGGAGAACAAGUCCCGGGAGCUGAUACAUCAGCAGAAUGCGGCUGUGGCGGGCGCCUCGACGGCCUUGUCGGGUCUGCAUGCCCGGCUGGACAGUCUGGUCGAGCAGCUGGUAUGCUCCUAUAGCAUUUCCGAGCAGGAUUUGGAGGACACACGUUUCCAGGCGGAGUCGCUGGCCGCGGAAACGGAGCACGCCCAAAAUGGCCACAAGCCCAACGGCCUUGAUUUGCCUCUCAGUCCAGCGCUGGCUGGCGAUGCGCUGCACACCUUGGUGCUGGCCAGCGACGGUUCGCUGUCGCCGCAACGCAAUCAGUCCUUCAUAGCCGCCGUCAUUGGUGCCAUACGCCAGGCCACCACCCACUCGGGCAAGCGCCUCUCGCUGCGGCAGGCGGGCAAACGGCAUGGCCAAGCGACAGGCUCGGGAGCAGUCGCCGGCGCAGCACAUGCCACGACAAUGCUCAACAGCAACGAACAGGCCAUUAUUAAUGGCAAUGGAGACGAUUCCGAUUCCACGGAGAUGCUAGACUCUGAAACGGAGCCUUGCCUGCUCAUGAUGGACAAUGUGCUCGAGGAUGUGGUGCAGCCGGAUUCGCACUCACACAACAUGGUCUCCUCCUGCACGGGCAUGAUCUCUCAAAUCGAGCUGCCCACGGAGCUGGUCAGCCAGUGCAGCCAGCAACAGCCGGCAGCCACAGCUGCAGCUGCAGCUCAAGGCGAUGAUUCACUACAGCAGCUGUCACAGGCCAUCACCAACCGACAGCAGAUGGAACUACACGUACACAAGCUCAGCGUGCUGCCCAACAGCAAUCGCGAUCAGUGCAACACGGAGGAGCUGAGCUGUCAUGACUCGUUGGCCGAGUUGCCCUCGUUGAUGGAGUACAGCACGGCGCAGGCGGUGGUCGAUCAGGUCAUUGAGGUGGAUACGCUGGUAACCAAGCUGCUGAAGGUGCUGCGACUUGUGCAGCUGGACAACGACAAUUGCAUACAGCAGCUGAUCCUGGACAAAAACAAACUGCAACAGCAUAGGGAGGAUGUGCUGGAGAAGCUAAAAGACUUGGAGGAUGUCAAUCUGAAGCUGCAGGACGAGCUCAUGGACGCCACCCAGGAGCUGAUGAUCAAGGGCAGCGAUCUGAGCGGCGCCAAGGCCGAAAUGCAGCGUCAUCGCAACGAAAUCGACCGCCUCAAUGAGGAUAUCUGCACGCUGAGCACACUCUGCAGCAGCUACAAGAAACUGUCGCCCACCACAGAGUUUCCGCCCAUGCAGUUGCUGACGCCCAACCAGGCGCCCGAACAAGGCGACGUCCUGGGCAUUCUGAAUCUGUUGAGGAUGUGGCAUACGGACGGACAGCUGCAGGAUGCGCGUGUCAGCAGCUAUUUGCGCAGCGUUUGCGGCAGUCAGCUGACGGUCAACACUGCGCCGCAUCAGGACAACAACAAUGUGGAACGUCUGCGCAUCUAUGCCAACCAAUUGGAGCAUGUGACGCGCGUCCUGGACGACUGUCAGUGUCUAGGAGAUCAUACGCCGCUGCAGCAGCUGCGCCGGGACAUGGAAAUCGUGCGUCUUAAUGCCAACUGGACGCAGUUGUUGGAGCUAAACGAGGAGCGGGAUCACAAUGCGAAUGAAGCGGAUGUGCCCACGCCCAGGCCUUGAAUUGUGUCAAAUUGUUGUUAAUUAUCUAGUUAACUAUUAGUACUUAAAACUUGUUCAAUUCCACGUAGUUAGAAACGUUAGCGUCCAGCUCGAGGCAACUAAAGCCGCAGUUUAUUUUGAUAUUCGAAAGCCAUUAAUCAAAUAGGAAAGUCUAAUUAGAACUAAUUCAAAUAUCAAUUUUCUCCAAAAGAUCUUCAUUCUUUAUGCUACAAUUAUGCGAAAUCAAACUGAAAAGAACUAUUAUUUAUAGCCAGUUGAAAAGUAAAUACCUUUGUAGAUAUUUGGUCAUGAAAAGCUUUUAAACGUAAGCUUUUUAUUCAACCGAGGACAGCCUAAAAAAGUCAGUUGAGAAAGUAUGCGAAAAGCAUAGUAAAACUCUUAGUUGCUGAGCUUAAUUGAGAUAUCUUGACAGAGAUAUUUUAAGAAAUACUUCCUACAGAGCUGUAUGAUAUACUGAUUCGAUCUUUGUAAGAUUCUGCUCAUGUAUGCAAAAGCAGCCUCUCAAAUGCCAAGAUAUCUACUACAAACUUAUUUAAGUUAAAUUGUUGAUCAAUCCUUUCUAAGUCAGCAAUAUGAUAUCUUAGUCCGAUCCAGCCGACAAAUGAGCUGCAACAGAUAGACUAGACAUGGCUAUAAGCUUUAUGCAUGACACAUUCUGUGGCAAAAGUACCAUACCCUACUUACUCUACAAGCGUUCCAUAAAGCAGAUUCGUACUGGUACUUCAGCUGCUCCACCGCUCCGUUUGGGUAUGCAAUGAAAUAUUUGAUUGUUG